GUCCCAGUGGGCGUGGUUGAAGCCAUGACAGUGUUAAAACAUCCAUUGCCCAGUGCACAAGGGUUUGUGGGUUUUGAAAAACAAAAGGUGUGUGACUAACAAAAGAUGAAAGAAGAAAAUAGUCGAUGGAGACAACGGCGGGAUUGGGAUUAUGGUUCGAAACCCUAGCUCUAGAACAUGAAUCUUUGAUGCAUAAAACAGCAAGAAGAUGCAGUGAUCGAGUAGGAACGCAAAGAGCGAUGGUCUUGAGAACUACCCCCGGCGAGAAACUUGUGACGAAACUUGUGACGAGAAGGUACAGAAACGAAGCCAAAUUCACAGUCCAACCAUUAGUGUUUUCAAGGGUAUACUCUUUAACUCCAUA